AUGAAGGGUUUCACUCAGUUCACUCUUGCGGCUCUGGCAGCCUCCGUUAGCGCUGUCUCUGUUAACCUCAACAAGCGCGAGUCGCCUUUGAGCGUUUCACUUUCGAAAUUAGGUAACACUGAGGUCAAGGUGGCCGUCACGAACAAUGGCAACAAGACGCUCAACUUGCUGAGCAAGGGAACUUUCUUGGAUGAGAGCAAUCCCGUUGAGAGGGUCAGCGUUUACUCGAACAGUGGCAGCACCAAGGUCCCUUUUGAGGGUAUCAAAAUACGCCUUCUCACUAGUGGCCUAUCUUCCGAUGACUUCCUCACCAUCGGAGCUGGUCAGACGAAGGAGGUCACCGUCGAGACCGCCGCUCUCCACACCCUGAAUGAUGGCGGUGACUUUGAUGUCUUCGCCAAGGGUCUCCUACCCUACGCUGAGGCCAACUCCACUGAGCUCGCUGGAAACCUCAACUACGAGUCUAAUAAGCUCACCAUGAGCGUCGACGGCGCCGUCGCUGCCACUGUCGCAAAGGCGAUCACCAAGCGCACUACCGUCGGUUCCAGCUGCACCGGCACCAAGCUCACCGCCAUCAACACCGCUCUCUCGAACUGCGCGAGCCAAGCUUCCGCCGCAGCGUCUGCUGCGUCCGCGGGCACCAAGCUCGACACCUACUUUAAGUCGACCUCGUCCAGCACCAAGACCGAAGUUCAUGACCGCUUGACGGCUGUUGCAAGCGACUGUGGCAGCACUAGCUCUACCACCUCCACCAACUGCAACGAUCCGUACAAUGGCUGCUCUUCAAACGUGCUGGCCUACACCGUCCCCACGCAGAAUUUCAUCACUUACUGCGACAUCUUCUUCAGCGCACUUCCUGCGGUCUCCAGCACCUGCCACGGACAGGACCAGGCCACCACUGUGCUCCACGAGGAGACCCAUGCCGAUGGCGUGUACAGCCCUGGAACCGAUGAUCUUGGCUAUGGAUUUGCUGCUGCUUCAGCGCUUUCUACAACCGAUGCGUUGAACAACGCCGAUUCAUACGCUCUGUAUGCGAAUGCCAUCAACCUCGACUGCUAG